AUGUUUAUCAAGUCGUAUCUUCUUGCUGGCUCCCUUGCUGCUACCUGCUUGGGCAACCCGCUUACCGCUAGGCAGGGUUUUUGCGGCACUGCUGAGCCUAGCGAGGAGGAGAGAAAUGAAUCUCGCCUACAGAUAGCUAACGCAGAUGUUGGCGAGUUAAUGGUAGCUGGUGCGACUACUACUGUACCUACCUAUGUCCACGUUGUCGCAAAAUCGAACACUUUAGAAGGGGGCUAUCUUACUCGAGACACAAUAUUAGCUCAGAUGGAACAGCUCAACAUCGAUUUUACUGGAACUGGUUUUAAUUUCUCUCUCACAGAUAUUGAUUGGACCGUUAAUGCCAAAUGGGACGUUAGUGCUAACUGGAUUUUCAAUGGGAACCAGACUGCCAAGAAGGACGACAUGGAAAUGAGAAAGAAGCUCCGAAAGGGCGGCUACGGCUCUCUUAACUUAUACGUCCACGGCUCUUUUGAGGGAGGGUACUGCACCUUCCCUAGAAAUGUCGCAGUCGGCAGUACUGGAUUUUAUGCCGAUGGUUGCUACAUUAGCAGGCUCACUGUCCCAGGCGGGUCCAGCGAUACUUUUAGUCAAGGAAAGGUGGCAUCACAUGAAGUUGGCCACUGGCUCUACCUCUAUCACACAUUCCAAGAUGGAUGUGAUGGAGCUGGCGAUGAGGUUGCCGACACUCCCGCUGAGGCAUUGAAGCAAGGCGCCCAGGGCUGUCCGGUUGGCAGCGACACUUGUCCUACUCUACCUGGCUUGGAUCCUAUCCAUAACCACAUGACUUACACUGCCGACACUUGCCGUACCGAGUUUACUUCUGGUCAGAUCAGCCGCAUGCUCGCUGCUUGGUCUACAUACCGUGCUGGAAAAUAA